CUGAAAAUUCUAUGGAUGUUUCAUAUCUAAGGAAACAAGGAUUAUAACUGCAUACUCAUGGGAUUAUAAAAGGAUUUUUUUUUAACAUCUCAAGAUAUGGACAUGAGAAGCUCCAUAAAUGCUUUGAAAUGGCAAGUAAUAUUAUUCUUUAUUUGUAGCUGGGGCUGGGUCUCAGGGCAGCUUCAGUAUUCUACAGUCGAAGAAUCAGAGUCAGGCACUUUAAUAGGCAAUGUAGCCCAGGAUCUUGGAAUAAACCUGGCAGAUAUUAAUAAAAGACGUUUGAGUGUGGGAUCUGAAGGGAGUAAUAGAUUAUUUGCUGUAAAAAGUGGAGCUUUAACUGUAAAAGAAAGGAUUGAUAGAGAAAGUCUGUGUGGAUCCAGCUCAAGCUGUUUACUAUAUAUAGAAAUUCUUGCUGAGAAUCCAUUUGAAUUGUUCAGUUUGGAAAUUGAAAUUUUGGAUGUAAAUGAUAAUUCACCCAUAUUUUUAAAUGCUAAUCAAGUUAUAAAAAUUUCAGAAAUAAUAGCUAAUCCUGGAAAGAAAUUACAUUUAGAAACAGCAAAGGAUCCAGAUGUGGGAAUUAAUAGUGUUACUCAAUAUAUAUUGAAUACAAAUCCUUAUUUUUCUUUGUCUGUCAAGAAAAAGGAUGGAGCUCUAAUUCCAGAAUUAGUGUUAGAAAAAAAUUUAGACAGGGAAGAAAAAAAUGAACACAAACUUAUACUCACUGCUUCUGAUGGAGGUGAAAACCCACGGACAGGAUCUUGUGAGAUCACUGUUAUAGUUCAAGAUAUCAACGACAAUGCACCUUUGUUUGAUCAAUCAACAUACAAGAUCAGUUUAUUGGAGAAUCUCCCGUUAAACAAAGUUAUAAUAAAACUUAAUGCUACAGAUUUAGAUGAAGGCUCCAAUGGAGACGUUCAAUAUUCCUUUGUUCAAAACAGUUUGGAUACAGCAGCAGAAAUAUUUGAUUUAAAUCCAGAAACUGGAGAAAUAUUUGUUAAAGGGAAUAUAGAUUUUGAAAAAUCCCAAAUGUAUGACUUAAAUAUCAGAGCAACAGACAAAGGAGUACCUGAAUUAGAGGGACGCUGCCUUGUUCAGAUUGCAGUACAAGAUGUAAACGAUAAUUCGCCAGAAAUUCUCUUUACCUCCAAGACAAACAAAAUACCUGAAAAUGCACCACUGGGAACAGUUGUUGGCUUCAUCAGUGUCAGAGAUAAAGAUUCAGGUAAAAAUGGAGAGAUAAAAUUAGAUGUAUCACCAAAUGUACCUUUUAAAUGUCAAUCAUUUAAGAACCGGUAUUCAUUAGUCACUAGUGGAUAUCUGGACAGAGAAAAGAUCUCUCAAUAUACUAUUCAGCUUACUGCUUCUGAUUUAGGUUCUCCACCUUUAUAUAAUCAGACUGUAAUUAUCCUAAAUAUUUCUGAUGUUAAUGACAAUCCUCCAACAUUUCUGCAGUCCGUUUACAAUGCCUUCAUUAAUGAAAACAAUGAACCAGGCAGUUUAUUGUGCACUGUAUUUGCUACUGAUGCAGAUGAGGGAGCUAACUCAGAUGUAUCUUACUCUAUAGUCGAAAGCCACAUAGAUGGUUCUGCUGUAUCCUCUUUUGUGUAUAUCAACUCUCAAAAUGGUAAUAUUUAUGCCCAACGUUCUUUUGACUAUGAACAGUUUCAGGUAUUACAACUUACAGCAAGAGUGGAAGAUUUAGGAUUUCCCAGAUUAUUUUCCAAUGUUUCAGUCACCAUAUUCAUUAUGGAUGCAAAUGAUAACACCCCAUCAAUAUUAUAUCCACAAGCUUCAAGGGAGCUCAUUGCAGAAGAAAAUAUUCCAAAAUCAGCAUCUGUUGGAUAUUUGGUUUCAAAAGUGUCUGCAGUGGAUCAGGAUGCAGGUCGAAAUGCAUGGCUUGUGUAUAGUCUUAUUGAAUCUACCAGUAAUAAUUUAUUUCAGAUCUUGGCAUACACAGGAGAAAUCAGAACUGUACGGGAUAUCCAUGAUGCAGAUAAUAAUGAGCAACAGAUUCUUGUUUUAGUCAGUGACCAUGGGGAGCCAUCCUUGUCUUCUACAGUAACAAUACACAUAAAUAUCAUAGACAGCAUAGUAAAUGAAAAAACAAAAUCUCAGCGUUUCCUUACUAAUUCUAAACCCACACCAGACAUAACUUUAUAUUUAAUUAUUUCAGUAGUAGCAAUUAGUUUGGUUUCCCUUGUAACUUUUGUCAUAUUGUUUAUGAAAUGCUUAAAAGGGAGACUAUAUGACACUAGUUGUGGGUCUUGUUUUUCAAACAAAUCACAACCCAAGCAGUAUGCAGGAGAGUAUCAGCCAACACUUUUCCUGAACACAUGGAACCUUAAAAUACAUGGAAGUGAGGAUGGCAGCUCCAGAACCUCAAGGGCAAUGCUACCAGGCUUGUUUUCCUACAGCAUCAGAAAACAAUGAAUUCACCUUUAUGAAACCACUGAAUUUCCCCCAAUUGAAAGAUAUGGUUAAUGAAACAGGCACUACAUGUGAUUCCAAUUAUUCUCCCAA